UCCUCGGUCGGGGCGGCGCUCGCCUCGGCCAGCGACAACGCACUCCGCCAGCGUCCGCUCGCCAAUAGAGGGUCCCUCCCACACGAGGAUCAGCAGCGCCAGCCGAGUUGCCUUCGCACGCCGCGACGCCGUCCAUUCACAAUGAGGGUGCCUAUGCUGGACUACUGUUGCUGCGGCUGCACUCUGCAGACGGGAAGCGUUCUCAUCGGCACUUUUGAACUCGUACGGAGCAUACUGGCUUUACUUGAAUCACUCAUUCACUUUCAUCCCUUCCAGUUCAAUUACAAACUUGCCUGGACCUACUUCGUGGACGGCUACACCAUAGCGACGUCGGUGUUCGCCGUGCUCAUGAUCGCCGCCAGCAUCCUCCUCAUAGUGGCUGCCAAUAAGAAUCGACACCGCCUUGUCUUCUGGUGGCUUAUCAUCAAUUCAGCGAUCACAAUCAUCUUGGCACUCAGUUUCCCAGCGACUAUGACACUAGGCUUCAUGUAUGGAAGUACGCCAUGGAUGAUCACAUACCUCGUACUUGGAUUCUUAGAACUUGGUCUGGAGGUGUACUUCAUGCUGGUGGUGUACAGCUACUUCCGAAUCAUCGUGGAGCGUGCCCCAGGCGACCAGGGCGAGUUUGUGUGAGGCGCACAUCAGCGCUGCACGCACCUGCCAGCACCACACACCACACCAUACCAAGCGCCGAGGUGGCAUCUACUGGAGGUGACCGUGUCUCGUGGUGGAUUACCUGUAAUGUGGCUCCCUCAGGAGUCAGUACUUAAAAUGGAAACUUUGGAGCUUUGCCCAUGUCUUUGCCCACUCAGAUUAACAAUUGUUAGUCUCGCUCAGGCAAAUUGUAAUAAAGAUGAUAUUUUAUA